CCUCUCUUAUCACUCCAACCAAACAAAAAUCCCAUAAUCAAUUGAAUUCCCAUUAUUUAUCAAACAAAAACAAGAAACCCAACUCCAAAAGGGUAACAAACUUCUCAUCCACUCAAAAACACAAUAAUGUCUCUCACCAUAAACAACCCCAUUAAUGGUGCCACUCCUCGCUUACCAAUCCACCACCACCGUCAAUUCCUCCCUUCAUCACUUUCUCUCUCUUCAAGAACAUCAUCCUUAACAGUAGUAGCUGCCACUGGCAAGUUCACCUCUCGAACAGGGAAAUUCGACAGCAAGAACAGAAGGGGUUCUUCUACUACAACUAAGGAUGAUGCUGCCGCCUCCGAAGAAAAGAAUGGUCUAAGAAAUUUUGAGGAGAAUGUUAGUUUGAUUGGUGAUAGUGUUGAUGAUGAUGAUGAGGAUGAUUUGUUGCCUGAGCUUCCUGGGGAUAAACCUGAUUUUUGGGAGGGUCCUCAAUGGGAUGGUCUUGGUUUCUUUGUUCAGUAUAUGUGGGCUUUUGGUAUUCUUUUCGCGCUGAUUUCGAGUGGCAUUGCUGUGGCUACCUAUAAUGAAGGGGCUACAGAUUUUAGAGAAACUCCUGCAUACAAGGAAUCUAUCCAAUCAAAGGAUCUCUUAGAAGGACCUGAGGGAUCUGACGCAGACGUGUUUGAGUCUAACCCCACAGAGGAGGCUCCUGCUUUGGAUUAGCAGCAAGGUAUUGGAACAAAGCACUCUAUACAGCAGGGCUAUGAAGUUAUGAAGGCCCAUGAAACCAUUUUAUAAGUUUGGUUCACAUUAAUUAUCUUAGCAUUAAAUUUGUCUUGUACUUUUGUUGUUCUGCCACUAUAUAUAUAGACUAAGGUUACCUGUGUAAGAAAUUGUGUAAGCAUUAGAAGUGACAAGUUAGAAUGAAUUUUUUUUCUGCUACUUUCUCUCAGAAGCUAUCAAAGAUUACUUGCAAGUUGCAACAUAGGAUUUCAGUGUAAAUUAUCUCUCUAUUUUACCGGUAUAUAUAUUGUUUGAGGAAGAUGUACUGGAAUUAAAGAACAUCUACUUUUCAGCAUCCCAAA